AAUAGAUUGUAUGUGGGGAGUGCGUAUUUAUUUGUUCAGUGCGGGAAAAUUACAGUUAACACAGUGUGGCGACUUUUUGUGUUUGUUUGAAUUGGGUUUACGUUGGUUAGGUAUACGCAUCUGCUAUCAUAUAUCCGGAACGUGACAACGCCCGUCUGAAGCGAGCUGGAUCCCUGGAUUGCACCAAUUACUGGUGUAUUCCAAAGGGUGGAUACCAAGGUAUCCUCGCACUGAAGUACAGGAAUAGCCCACACAAUAUUGGAACUGUUGCCUUAACUGACCAAAUAGUAUACCGUCUGUCUUUCCAAUGGAAUCCAAAAAGUUGCUGGAGCCAGUAAAGUCCACUAAUCCAAUUGUGUUUUUGGACAUUAGCAUUGGCCAAGAAGAUGCGGGUCGCAUGAUAAUUGAAUUGCGCAAGGACGUUGUACCCAGGACAGCGGAAAAUUUUCGAGCUUUAUGCACAGGCGAAUGCGGCAUCGGCCAGCUGGGCAGGCCACUGCACUACAAGGGCAAUCGUUUCCACAAGAUUAAGCGAGUCUUUGCUGUGCAAAGUGGUGAUCUGGUUAAAAAUGAUGGCUCCAGCGGUGAGAGUAUCUAUGGACCGGUGUUUGAAGAUGAGAACUUUGAACUAACGCACAACGAGGAGGGAGUAGUCAGCAUGGCCAACUAUGGCAGACCAAAUACAAACAACUCGCAGUUCUUCAUUACGGCCGUGGGAUGUGAGAAUCUUAAUGGUGAAAAUGUGGUUGUGGGUCGCGUCCUGCGUGGUCUGGGCAUUGUGGCCGAAAUGGAGCAAAACUGCAACGAUGAGGGCGAUCCAACGGCUGAGAUUGUGAUACGUGACUGUGGCGAGGUGCAUGCUGGCGAGGAUUGGGCCAUAGAAUGUAGCGAUGAGACGCCUGAUACAUUGCCACCAUAUCCGCAAGAUUGGACGGGCAAAUUUGAUAAGCCGAAGUGCGAAGCGAUUGUCUCCCUGCUCACUGGACUGCGCCAAUCGGGUAAUCAUUUCUAUCAAUUGGGUCGUUAUCAUGAAGCUCGAACCAAAUAUCGCAAGGCCAAUCGCUAUUAUAUAUAUCUACGCAAACACUACGAGUGGCAGCAAUUGUCGCACUUUAAGAAAAAGUCUGAUAAUGGCGGCAGGGAAACGGAAAUCUGUAAGAUCGAUGCCUUCUCGGUUGUUAAUAACAUAAAUAUGGCAGCUGUGGAUCUAAAAUUGGGCAACUAUUUGAGUGCCAAGUACGAUUGCUCCGAGGCCAUAAGACUGGAUGCCAAUUGCAGUAAGGCCUUCUAUAGACGGGGUCAGGCUCAACGGGCCCUACGCAAUUACGAGGAAGCGAUCAAUGAUCUAAAGCGAGCCUAUGCUCUCUUGCCCGAGAACAAGCAAAUUCUUAAUGAAUUGAAUAGCACCAAAAAACUGCUAGCCGAAUAUAAUCGACAGCAGAGAAAUGCGCUCAAGAAUCUAUUUGCCUGAAUAGUAGUAGAGUAGAGAGAUAGAGAGGGGGAAAAGCUCCCUCCCUUUCUAUAAGGUUGUUUUUGAAUCGUGUGUGGAUUGAAUGUGAGAUUUUGGACUAAUUGCUCUAUUUUUACCCCAUAAUUUUAGAUGUGUAAAGAAAAAACAAACAAAAAAAAAAAAAAAACUAU